CAAAGACUUUAAGCUAGGUAGAAGGGACAUAGAGUCUUGGGGCCCGCUGGACUUCGCAUCAAUCAAAACCUUCGCGUCCAGAGCCGGGAGUCGGGGGUCCUCUCGCAGGGGCCACUGCAGCCCCUGCUCCUCGCCCCUGAGCAGCGUCGAAGAAGCGUGUUUCACCAUGGCUGAAGCCACGGAGCCCCAAGAGGUCGCUCCGGGUCUCCAGGGACACCCCGAAGGUGCGGCGAUUGAGGGACCAGGAGAACCUGAGGCUGCGGACCUGGAGGGGAGGGAAAUAAGCGAGGGAGCCGCAGAAGCGCCCGGGGACCAGGGGGCGGGCGCAGAGGCCACAGCCUCCGGGAAGGAGGAAGGAGGCUGUACGCAGGACGGAGGGACCGGGGGAGCGCAGGCGCCGGACCCGCAGGCCAGCCCGGGGGCAGAGACGCCGAGCGCCCUGGGAGCUCAGGGUGAAGCUGAGGCUGCGGAGCGCGACUCUGAGGGCGCUACGGUCUCGCCAGGAGCAGAGGAGGCUCCAGGCGCCCAGCAGGUGCCAGAGAUGAACUCGGGGCUAGAUUCUCAGCACGAGACCCCCGAGGUCCCCGGGGGCGAUCACAGGGAGCCGGAGGACCCCACGGCCUCAGAGGCGGGGGAAGGGGCAGAAUCGGGUCUGGAAGCGCAGGGAGGCAGCGCACUAGGGUCGCAGAUCAUUACAGAAGCCCAGGGACCUGCAGGGGACAGUGUGGACACAGAGGCACCCGCAGGAGGGGCACAGGAGUCAGAAGGUGAGCCCCAGGGUGGAAGGGAAAGCAACCCUCAGCCCCAGGCUGAGGUGAUUGAAGUCGCAGCCGCCGAGAUAGGUGGGCACGAUCCCGGGGAGCUAGCGGACGCUCCGGCCCCAAAUGCCAUGGGGGAAGCGGGACCCCCGGGAAAAGACGGGUCCCAGGAAGCAGCUACCGAGGAAGUGAGGGUAGAUGCGGGCGAGAAUGGGGACCAGGGCGGGCUCCAGGAGGAGACAGGAGAGGAAGAAGUGAGGCCAGAACCUCGGUUAGAGGGAUCCUGUGAGGAGGAGGUCCAGGAGAAGCCUCUCGCCGGCAGCCUCGACGAAGAGGAAGCCAAAUCCACCCGGCACGAGGAGUCCCUGUCGGAGCUCAGCAACCACGCAGCUGAGGAGCCCAGCGCCCAGGGUGGAGAAGAGCUGGAAAGAGUGAAUGGGCGCAGGGAGAAUGGCCCAGCAUUGGAGGAGGGAGACCCGGGACAGGAGCACGACAUUACCCUCUUUGUCAAGGCUGGCUAUGAUGGCGAGAGCAUUGGAAACUGCCCAUUUUCUCAGCGUCUUUUUAUGAUCCUCUGGCUAAAGGGAGUUAUAUUCAAUGUGACAACAGUGGACCUGAAAAGGAAGCCUGCAGACCUUCAGAACUUGGCUCCUGGGACGAACCCUCCUUUCAUGACGUUUGACGGUGAAGUCAAGACGGACGUGAAUAAAAUUGAGGAGUUCUUAGAGGAGAUGUUAGUCCCCCCAAGGUACCCUAAGCUGGGAACCCAACACCCAGAAUCCAACUCAGCAGGAAAUGAUGUUUUUGCCAAAUUCUCAGCAUUUAUUAAAAACACCAAGAAGGAUUCAAAUGAGAUUUAUGAAAAGAACCUGCUACGGGCCCUGAAGAAGCUGGACAGUUAUUUAAACAGCCCACUGCCAGAUGAAAUAGAUGCCUACAGCACGGAGGACAUCACGGUCUCCCGGAGGAAGUUCCUGGAUGGGGAUGAGCUCACCCUGGCCGACUGUAACCUCUUACCCAAGCUCCACAUCAUCAAGAUUGUGGCUAAAAAAUACAGAGAUUUUGAGUUCCCUUCCGAAAUGACUGGCAUUUGGCGGUACCUGAACAACGCCUACGCCCGGGAUGAGUUCACUAACACGUGUCCAGCUGACCAGGAGAUUGAACACGCGUAUUCAGAUGCAGCAAAAAGGAUGAAGUGAUCACAGGCUGCUGUCCUUUUCUCGGAUGAGUGAGCGAGUCUUCCAGGAGAGCCUUCCGUGCAU